UUGUGUGUUCGUCAUAGCGGUUUUCAUUUUUCCUGGAGGCAUUUUUAGCUGCUUUGAAUUAUGCCUGAGCCAGCAAAGUCCGCGCCAGCUCCGAAGAAGGGCUCCAAAAAGGCUGUGACCAAGGCGCAGAAGAAAGACGGCAAGAAGCGCAAGCGCAGUCGCAAGGAGAGUUACUCCAUCUACGUGUACAAGGUGCUGAAGCAAGUGCACCCGGAUACCGGCAUUUCCUCCAAGGCUAUGGGCAUCAUGAAUUCGUUCGUUAAUGACAUUUUCGAACGCAUCGCUGGCGAGGCCUCGCGGCUGGCGCAUUACAACAAGCGCUCGACCAUCACGUCCCGGGAGAUCCAGACGGCCGUGCGCCUGUUGCUGCCCGGGGAGCUGGCCAAGCACGCCGUGUCCGAGGGUACCAAGGCUGUCACCAAAUACACCAGUGCCAAGUAAACAGUGAGUUGGUUGCUAACGAUCCUAACGGCUCUUUUAAGAGCCACCCACACUUUCAGAAAGAGAGCUGGUGCUUUUUACUUUUGCGCUGGGCGUUUGUAAUUUUGGUAUUUAGUCGCCGAGCAGAACAAUUUCUUGAACAGUCUUAAAGAACUUUCUGUUCCCAAAAUAACAAGAGACCACUAACAGGAGUAACGUUAUCUGACCUUGGCAAAGCUCGAGCUCCUUGUGUAACCUCAUCCUGAGCUUUUCACGGUUAUUUAGGAACUUAAGUAUAUUUAAAAGGGCUCAGCUAUCAGUUCUGAUAGAUUUUACAGCUAAGUAGUGGAAGUAAAAUCAAAAAUUUCCCGUAACUUGUCGGACAGAGCUGGAGUCCUACCUACCCGGGUGCAGA